ACUACAUUUGCCCCCCAACAGAUAAAGUCAUCCCUGUCCACGCCGUGCCGCCAUCCGACUCAGCGAUCACCUCUCCUUGACCGGCUCACUCGUUCGACCAAAUGGAGGCUGCUUACCAGACUGUCUGGGCGCACGCUCAGAAUGCAACCGCGUCAUUCCUUCCCAACACAAACUACUUCGGUGUCCUCGACAUGAUCAAGGCGUCGCAGCCUCAGCUUUCCUACGCUGAGCAAUUGUGGUCCGCCUGGUACGCGUGGUGGCAAAACGAUGUCAUCGCUACUGGUGUUAUGUCUUUCUUGUUGCACGAGAUCGUCUACUUUGGUCGUUGUCUCCCCUGGAUGAUUAUCGACGCGAUUCCUUACUUCCGCCGCUGGAAGAUUCAGGAUGCCAAGGUUCCUUCUAUGGCCGAGCAAUGGCAGUGCACUCGUCUCGUUCUUAUUUCUCACUUCACCGUCGAACUUCCUCAGAUCUGGCUUUUCCACCCCAUGUGCGAGUACUUUGGGCUCCAAGUCGGCGUGCCUUUCCCCAGCGCCCUCAAGAUGGCUUGCCAGAUCGCUUUGUUCUUCGUUAUGGAAGACACUUUCCACUACUGGGCUCACCGCGCUCUCCACUGGGGGCCCCUUUACAAGCACAUACACAAGAUUCACCACCAGUUCUCCGCUCCCUUCGGUUUGGCUGCUGAGUACGCUCACCCUGCCGAGGUCAUGAUCUUGGGUAUGGGUACUGUCGGUUCUCCUAUCCUCUACUGCGCCCUUACCAAGGACUUGCACAUCGUCACCGUCUACGUCUGGAUUAUCCUCCGUCUCUUCCAGGCCGUUGACGCUCACUCUGGUUACGACUUCCCCUGGGGUUUGAGGACCUUCGUUCCUUUCUGGUCUGGUGCCGAUCACCAUGACUACCACCACCAGGCUUUUGUCAACUGCUACUCUACUUCCUUCAGGUGGUGGGACCACUUCCUUGGCACUGACAAGAAGUACAAGGCCUACCGUGCCAAACAGGCCGCUGAGAAGCAGGCCCAGACUGCUCUCAAGGCCCAGAAGAAGGGUCAAUAAGGAGCGCAGUUUGUUCUUUUCUUUUUGUAUGAUUUGUGCAU